AUGUCGACACGUGCUGGGCUGAUCUCCUUGACUUCUAGCACCACACCGAUCAACAUGGCGGCCAACGAAACUCCCAAGAGCUCUGUCGGCUCUCGACCGAGCCUAUUUCGAGCGACGUCUUCAACGCAAGGCGCCGGUGCUGCGAGCAAUGACCCUCUUCAGCCCCCGAGACGAGCCCAGACUUUCCACAACGGCGCUGCCGUCGUCGCGCCCCUGAGCAAGGCCCCCCCGCCUGCGGAAAUCGAACGACCCGAUGCAUUUGAAACCGGCCAGGACGCUGAUGAAGACGAGGACGAUGGAAUCGAUCCAGGAAGGGGAUCUGUGGACCUCGAUGAUCUACCCAUCGAGCUCGUAAGCUUGACUGACAGCUUUGUCGAUGCCCUCACGUCCAAAGUCCACAAGACACCACCCAGCAUCGACAAUGUCGCCCAGCUCUUUCAAGACUUCUACCUCAGCGCCUCGAGCCACGUCAACACGCACAUCUCCGCUCUGGCCACGCGUCAAAGUCGGGCCAACUCCCCCGCACCACCGUCCAAACUCACCCCGGCGGGCCGACUGAGAGCCAAGGCUGCGUCGAUCGGAAGCAAGGACAAGCCCCAGAACAUACCGAAGCCUGAAACGGAACGCCAGAUGAUCACGGCCGAAGAGUUGGCGGAGAAGAAGAAGGCUCGCAAAGCGCUGGAGGCCAAGAGAGCCAUGCUGGAAGAGGCUGUGGAGAGAAGGUUGUGCGAAGGCCUCUACAAUCGCAUCUACCGCCACCGAAGCACGCAAGACCAGGCGCAGGACGACAAACUCCGGUCCAAGACGGCAGCCCUCGCGCUCGUCGGUAUUGGCCCCGCAGACCUGGGCAUCGAUCUCGGAGAGGACACGACAGCAACACCGGCCGCGGCCGUGCAGAGGGCUGAGGAGAUCAGGGGCUGGCUGGAGCAAGCCAGAACAGAUCUUAUCCGCAUGCACGAGAAGCGCUACCCGCUCGGCAAGCUCAACCACUUGAAAGCCGCUCACAAGAGCAUCGUCGACACGUUGGGCGCAUUUCCAUCCAACUUCCGAUGGGAACCCAAACUGACGGGGCGAAAGCCGCAUACUGCCCUGACCAACCUCGAGGCGGCCAUCAGCUUCCUCGAGACGGUCGACUUGUCCACCCUGCGCGCCGACGAACUGCCCCAAGGACCGCCCAAGGAUGGCAUGCCAGGCAUCUCCAGGGCAGAUACCUUCCCGCCCGCCUUUCCGCCAGGCCUGACGAUCACCGCGGAUGGCGCUGCCGAGGGGACUGUCGAGACGGAUACGAGCAACGCCGCCGCGCUCAGGCCACCUCCCUCCCCUUCUGCGUCAUCCGGACUCCGCGCAGUCGUCCAGGCACGGAACAGGCGACUUAGUGAGCUCGUCAACACGCCUGCUCAGGCUUUCGGUGCAGCCAGUGAUGCCGUCUUCAAAAGCGCCGACCAGGGGCUGAACAACAUUACCAACAGUCUGGGCGACAGCUACAAGUUUCUUCUUGGUAAGCUGCGCGAGACCCAGGGGGCGCCCACGGCAACAGGCGAGGCACUCGUGGUCCCGAGAACACUCGACGACGCCCGCAAGCUCGUCAGCACGCCGCCGCCCGACGAAGACGGCUCCGUGAGCGGUGCCAGCUCCGUCCACGGCGCUGACGAGCGCGAAACCGCCCACAAGCCACCCCCCUCCGACGACAAGGUGAUGAGCCUGAUUGGGGGCAAAAAGGCCGCCGCGCGGGACCACAGCGCCGACAGCGCGCGCAGUGCCAGCAGCUCCAAGAAGGUUCUCUUCGCGCAAGAGAAGCACGCAGCCGCUCCAUCACCCUUGCCGACGUCGUCUGCGAACCCGCUUGAAAACGCCGUCCGCAACUUUGGCAAUUCGUUCAACCCGAUGGGCCAAGCUCUCGAGCAUGGCGUCAUGCGCGGAUUCGGCCGCGUCGCGUCGUCGCCCGUAGCGCCCACGUUGAAGGACCCGCAGACCAAGCCUGCCGAGGGCGGCGACCUCAGUGCCGCCUUCCCCGACAUUGCGCCUGCUCUCCCGCCCAAGCAGGUGUCCAAGGUGAAGCCGCCCAACAAGCGCUUCAUGGAGCUGCAGAACCCGGGCGACCUCAAGCUCGGCGAGGUCCUGGAGCUCCUUCGCGACUACAGGCGGCUCGCGGACGCGCUGAAAGAGCGCGACGCGUUCGACGGCGCAAAGUAG